AUGGACUGGACUCCGGCUACCGUCGGUUCUUCGAGCUCUUCAGCAGCCAACUACGGAGAGUCUACGGGAAUGGUAAGAGCGUCCCCAGAUGAGAUGACGGUGUUCGCUUCCACCGGUCGGAAUGUAGCUCCUCCUCGAGACCCGGCAGAUUUUCCGCGCGAACACGCUGCGACCACAGCGGGCACGCCGUUAGGAGGACAAUCGGGGCAGCGGGGGCGGGAGGGUGUGGUGGCGCGCCAGGCGGUUGGAUCCGGUGCAGCGGUAACGGUCCUGUCGAGGAAUCACCGACCCGAAGGAGGGCGCGAUGGAGAAAAGACACUCCCGGCGUGGAUGGCCGCGGGCCCGGCUGCUUUGCCGGAACGGCGCCAACAGCAAGCAACACCUGUUGCGAAUGCUCCAACGCAGACGCCUCGACCAACCGGAUUGUACUCAUCUCGUCCACAGCAGGGUGCUCCGAGCAAGAAACAAGCGGGUCCAAACGAUGGCGACAGGAAUUCCCGGUCGAAAAUCAGUGAUCGAAACAGGAACAACUAUGAUGAGGAGCCGCAUCGAUCUUUAGGUGCUGGCGCAACCCCAGACGUGAGCACCCCGUAUGCAAUGGCUCGAGAAUCGCGUAAUGACACACCUGCACCCAGAACGCCAAUCACGGCGGCCCCGAGACCGUCGGCAAAUCCCCAGUCAGUAGGAAGGGGGCGCGGUCGAGAGAGGACGCUGCCAGCGUGGAUGACUGCGGCGGAGGCAACCCCGCCGGGCGGACUUCAACAGCAAUCGGCGCCUGGAACCACUUCCGCCGGACAGGUACCCAGACCUACGGGGUCGUUCUCAUCUCGCCCACAGCCGACUACCCAAACCACUGCCCACGGCCGUUACAGCAUUAAGAAUACAUCGAGUGAAGACAAUCAAACGGCCAGAGCGGCAGCAACGGGCACCUUCCACGUGGGCGUUGGUCGACAUGGGAAUCUGCAGCGGCAAGGGCGAGCACCGGGAGGUCAAGGUAGCAGCCAUGGCAUGUUUGAGACACUUCGUGAACAGUACCCGGGAUCCGCGGGAGUGAGUAUGGCCGGGUCAUCGGGGGCAAGGCCCACUACCCACCACCAGAGUUUGUUCACAACGGUGGUAGGGCACCGUCGAGGACUCAAGGUUCGGAGGUGGGUGCGUGGUGAGACACGUGAUGACGGUGCGCCUGGCGGGCUUCGACCGUACGAGGAGGGUGCGAGCGAUUCUUUGCCUCGGGCUUCUCUACCGACCGGAUCGUACUCGUCCCACCCAGGACAUAGAACUCAGGGCGCUGUCCCGAACAGCGGCGGUAGUAGCAGGUAUAAAGCAGGCACGAACAGAAAGGGACGCCGUGCUGCCGGAAUCGGCACUCAUCAACCGGAAAGAUCGGCAUCCACCAACCCAGAGAUUGGCAGUUGGCAUGCCAACGCUGAGAGAAUUGACGGCCAGAGCCCAGUUCCAGCGGGUACGGUUGGCUUGAACGGCGCACCCGAGAGAGGGUUGCUGAUGGCGGAUCCCUCUUCCCAGCACCAGGAGUUGGCCACGACGGCAGGCGAAGAGUGCGGCGGUGAGCAAUCGAGGCCGAAGAGAGGACGCGAAGAGGAACCAGGGAUGGAUUCGACGGGCUCCGCGUCCCGUGCUCGGGGCGGCGCGUCCGGGCGACAACCAUCAGGGCUUGGCGGGCUGCUGGACGUGAUACGCAGGACGGCUAGCAUGAACUUACAGCCCCCCGCGAAGAAGAACAAAGUGGCUCUUUCCAAGAGCAGCCCGCCGAAGAAUCUGGUCGCUACCAGGGCCCGGUUCCAGAUCGUCCAUCACCACGACGCUCCGAAGCAGCAGCAGCAGCAGUUAGUAGCCCAUAGGAGUAAGUUGCCUACCUUGAACACCGCCGGCGAAGCACGAGGUACGAGCAAGAGCAAAGGAUCAUCACGGGUCCCGCUUGCGGGCGCCGCUCUCUCCUCGAGGCCUUCACGUUCCACAACCCCGAAGAAGGUAGUCAUUGACGGCAAUGACGUCGCGCUUUGCCACCGGGGAGCACAUGGUCAAUGGUCGGCGCAGGGGGCCUUGCUGGCCAUCCAGUUUUUCGAGCGACGUGGCGUACCGUGCGUGGCCUUCCUUCCUCGUGAACGCAUGGCUGGCGUCUCCCCUCGAGAUGGCUGCAACACUGCUUUUCAGGAAGCAAGGGCCAAAGGAGCGAUCAACGAAAUCCCCCGGGGGGAGAAGGCCGAUCUGUCCAUCCUCAAGUACGCCAUCGAAUCGAAAGUCCACGUGGUCACCAACAAGAAACUUAGCACCCACGCCACCAGCAACGAGGCACUAGCCUUUCUAGGGCAGACCAAGCAAGAUUUACGGGAAUAUCUUUCCCACUAUCAUGUGUGCUACACGUUCGUUCGAAACGACUUCAAGCCCAACCCGGAAACCCCUUUCAUCAGGAUGCUCCUAAAUCAGGCUCCAGCCGGAAGCCGAGUGACCCACGCUAAGGGAAAAGGGGGAGGACCGACAAAGCCUCCCGCUCCGCCCCCCCCGCCCCCGCGCUCCCCGGUGUGAGCGGGCGCCACACCAACUCUCUGUGUGGGCAGGCAUGCUGGGGUGGCAUCAAUGUAAAUUAUAGCGUACUACUGAAUUUGGAAAGUUACUUACUGAAUUUGGAAAGUUACUUGGCGUUCAGGACGAUGAGAUGGCUGGAGGAACUUCUCCGAAUUGUAGAGAGUCAAGUUUGACUACAGCAAAGGUCAAGUCUUAAAUUUUUGCUGACGCUGCCUGCGGCUCUGCUCCGGCAACUUGAAGAGUCCAUUGCUUCAACACGUCGUUAGCGUGAGGCACGAUUGGCGGGGGAAAGUUCUGCGACCACUUUUGCCAACAACUGGAGCACGCACGGAUGCUUGACAACGUUGUGCCAAUCCUUUUUUUGCGGCGAUAUCAGCAGGGCACAUCUCCAAGAGUUCACAAGAAUGCAAAAACACACACCCAAGACGACUUUUCUUGGGUGACGCGAUGUGGGUGCCCGUCGAAAGGCUAAACGCUCCCUGAAUUGCGUGGGAAGAAGAGUCUCGACUGUGGUGGAGCAAUGUUUCCGGUGUUCGUUUCCCCCGUUGAUUGGUCCUCCUCGGUCGAGAUUCUCGAUAGCUGGACGGCUCUUUCGUGCUGUGAUUACGUGUGAGGUGUGUUGUACUUGUUCCAGAUUUUUGGCGGUGACGUCUUCGGCGUGCGACUUGCGUUUGGCUCCUGUGAUCGAGCGUCGUUCCUGUAUGUAAAGAGAAGCCUGUGUAUCCGCGACAAUGUGUCUUGUGUGUACCACGUACUGACUUGGUGUCUGUAUGUACUUAUCGCUUGCUGGCGGACCUCGAGGCAGGACAUGCAUCUGCGGUAUCCUAGUUAUCGAAUGGUUGCUAGUGAUGGAUUAUUCUCGUCAAUCGAUGCCUAAGCGCCAAUUGCUCAAUUGGAGGUAUUGCUGCAACAUGCGGCGGGUUCGGGGUGUU